AUGCUUGAGAUCGUUCAUCAGACAGGCUACGACAAACUCAAGUACUGGGGCUUCAGCUAUGGCACUAUCCUUGGCGGCGUAUUUGCAGCCAUGUAUCCCGACAAAGUGGAGCGUUUGGUCAGCGAUGGCAAUGUCGACUACAGAGAAUGGUUCAAUUCGGCUCACGUUAACUACGUCCGCGAUACAGACAAGGUUCUUUUCGCAUUCUACGACUUCUGUUACCAGGCCGGUCCUGACAAAUGCCUGUUUCAUGCUCCAACAUCAGAUGCCAUUAUGGAAAGAUUUAGCAGGUUACUCUCCACGCUGAAGACAAACCCUGUCCUCGUCUCGAUAGACGAAGAAAAUGGCCCCGAAGUCCCAAUGUUGGUGACUUACUCCAAGGUGAUGCGUCUUCUCUCAUCCACGCUGUAUCAGCCACAAUACCAAUUCGAGAGCUUUUCCAAAAUUAUUGCAGCUCUGGAGGAGAAAGACGGACGACCAUUUUACGAGCAUUACCAUUUGAACAAGCCAGAUCCAGCCCCGAUCUGCUCAUCGCAACCAAUCUCACCUUUAGAGCCCUUGCCUGAAAUUACUGAGGGCACAGAAGAUGCUUUCCCGGUCAUCAUGUGUGCUGACCACCCGGCCGUGCAUAAUCUGACUCUCGAAGAUGUACAGCGCGAAGCAGACAGCAUCUUAGACCUCAGUCCUGCCACUGGGGCAAUUAACGUACCUUAUCAAAUGACAUGCAACCAGCGAACGACGCGGCCCCGCUGGCGAUUUGACGGACCUUUUGAGGGCAAGACAAGCCACCCCAUACUGUUUAUCGCUAACCUGGCGGACAACGUCACACCGCUCGUCAGCGCACGUAACAACUCUGCUGGCUUCCCCGGGUCAGUCGUGUUGGUGCAGAAUUCAUAUGGACAUACAUCACUUGCGGCGCCUUCCAAGUGCACCAGACAUUAUGUCAAUGCGUACUUUCAGAAUGGCUCGCUACCGGAGAUUGGAACAGAGUGCGAAGGUGAUUCACAGCCCUUUGGUCCGAAAGUCGGGAAUGAAGUCCGUCUUUACCAGCACCCAUUCCUGCUGUAA